GCAACACAACAAUAACGUUCGCUUGGGAACGCUACAGAUAAAGGUUCAAGUCCACAUCUAACACAGGAAAGGUGGUCUUUUAUGUUUUGGUGUGAACACGGACCUUGGGGGACGGGAGAGGAGAUUGAAGGUUGAAGCUUAGCAAAUAGGAUUAAAGCUCCCAUCUGCUCACCUGAGAGGAAGCCACCCGGCCACUUCUCUUCCUCCACCACGUCACCAAACGGCGUCUGGACACGUCUGAGGGAAGGUCCACAUGAGCUGAGGACGUGGACUGCGGUGUCGGUUCCAAAUGGCGGGACAGUGGAGCGGCUUGCGUCUGUGGACGAUAGGAAUGCUGCUGAUGUCCGUCAACAUGGACACAGGUGAGAAGGCAGAGAAUUCUUCAGAAGACCUCCAGCUCGUAUUCAGACAUCACGGGUCUCUGGCUCGCAGAAAAAGGGACCUUCUGUUCCCCAGCGGGGUGAAACUUUGCAGUCAGGAGACGUUUGACCAAGCGGUCUCCAACCAUCUCAAGUACUUCCACCUCAGAGUGUGUCAGGAGACGGUGUGGGAGGCCUUCAAGAUAUUUUGGGACCAGCUGCCAGAACGUGAUCAGUACCAGGACUGGGUCGGGCGUUGCAUGGAUGGCUCCGCUAGCAUCACGGAUAUCGGCCGCUUCUUCAGCCAAUCGCAGGAGCACCUCAGCCUCAUAAGAAGCAGAGUUGGCAUGGUGGCACCGCCGAGCAGUGUACCCAUCGGGUCUGGCCCCCCUCCGUGCAGCUCUGAAGGUACAGCGGGGGACGAUACUGGAGGACUUGUGAGCAGCACUCAGCCAGGUGAAGAAAUCCCCUCCCUUGCUUGGACAUCCUCCCCCCAUGAAAAAGUCCUUGAAGAAGAAUUAACAAAGAUCACCUCUGACCCGACAGUACCUGCUGUGCCAGACAAGUCAGGAGGCUGCGGCUCUAACGCCUCACGUCGCUCUGACGACACCACCACCGCCGUGGUUAAGCUAAUCUCUAAGCCGACUGUCCAACAACAGGACAGUAUUGCUGGGGCCACCUCCUUAAAUGAAGAUGGUUCUCCAGAGAUAUUUAGUCAACCAGAUGUUGUGACUGGAGAGCCAGAAAGAGAAGAUGUUUUCUCCCAAACAACAGAAGAAGCUGGCCACAAAAUGGAGGAGAGUGAAGUUGCUGUGAUGUCUGAUCACCUUGGGAAUGAGGACGAGGAGGAGGAUCAAGCAGAAGAAGCAUUACAGUCCCCUGACAUGGAAACAACAACAAUAAAGAAAGCAGAAGAAGAGGAAGACUCCACCAACUCCAUGGAGGAGGCAUCUCUUACAGAAGAACCGGAGGAAAACCCAUCUGAAGCAGCUAUGGUACCAGCAGAGGCUGCGGUCGUCAUAGAAACACAAGAUGCACCUGAAAUCCAGCCAUCACAAAUAGCAACACAAGACGUGAAAUCUAGCACCGAACAAGAACCAGAACCAGUACCUGACCCACACAGAACCCAUCUUGACUUGCCAUCUGAAGCUGCUGGGGGUGAGAGUUUAGAGGGGAGGGGUGACGCAGAAUCCACAUCAGACAGUUCUGGACCUGAAGUUCCAUUAGAUGUGCAUCCAGAAUCUGAUCAUGACACUCCGGUUUUCGUUGUGGAGGACUUAGUGUUGGACCCGCAGGAAGCAUCUGACCAGGAGCAGAGCACACAGAUAUCUUUACCAGGAGACGACAAUACAAGGACAGAAGUAUUUGGCCCAGCGGCAUCACCUGAGGAGCAUGUCACCCAGACAACUCUUCCAGAUCUUCUCCCUGACAAGGUCCAGCUCAUCUUUCCAGACGUCACAGCAGGAUACGAAAUACUUCCCGAGGCGCCAGUCAGCAAAGUCGAUGACUCACCUCUACAAACCGCAAAGUACACGGCGGAGUAUAACAACGGCAACUUCCCAGAUGCUACCGAGAGCCCACUGAAGGCUGAUGACGGCUUGGCGGGUUUCCCGUUUGAGGAACAGGAGAACUCGCUCGGUAACGAAAUCGACAACAGCUUCCUGAGGCCUCUGAAAGAGCAGACGGUGGAGCUGAGCAUCACGCUGAGAGAAGAAACCUACAACGGUGCUCUGAGGGACCCGAGUAGCUUCCACUACCAGCAACUAGCCCGACAUUUAACCCGCAGGAUUGGUGAUGUGUUUGAAAAAGUUCCUGGCUUCAAGAACGUUUUUGUCAUCGAAUUCAGGCCUCAGAAGGACCUGGAGCGGGGUCUGGUGGUCCAUGUCCACUAUGCCAUCACGCUGGAGGUGGACGACGGCGGCGUCUCAAAUGAAACGUUGGACUUGAUCGCGAUGCAGAACAACCUGGUGGAGAAGAACUACCCUGCCAGCGCCGAGCAGCCGACGGUCGUUUAUACCAUCACAGACUUCCGGAACUACAUUACGGAAGCGCUGCGCAAAGAUCACUUCCUGAACAACAGCAGCCUCGGGAACGGUGAGAAUUUGUUGCCUUCAGGGAAACCUACCGCCCGACCGGCCGACAUCUUCGACAGCAUGGAUAAUGUUCUCGCUGCAGAGAGGCCACCAGAUGCACCAAAUCAGGGGAUGGAAAGCAGUGAAGGUUUUCUGAAGACUGAUGAUUUCCUUUUCCACUCGUGGAAAAGCACCAAGAGCGAAGCAGUGAGCGAAAACGACGUCUUCGCGGUUGACGAGAGUACGACUUUCCCAACGAGCUUUCUGCCAAGCACGCCGAACUCUGACAGAAGUGUUGACAAGGAGGGCUUUCUGGCGGGGGUUGGAAUCAAACCCUUCCAAGAGGACCAUGAUUCAACCAGUGAUUCAACUGGCCACAAGUUCACCGGGGAUGAUGGAUCCGGCUCUGGUUUCUCAGGAGACGGACAGGAAGCGCUUCUCCAGUCCUGGGAAAUGGCCGCAAGUCUUUAUGGUGAAAGCCACGUUGAGGUCCUGCCACCACCGGAUCUGGAGGACAUGGAUGAGGAGGAUGGAAUCCAUGAUGUUCAGUUACAAAGCAGUGAACAGGACAACGGCAUGGUUUUCCACUUCACCCCUGCUACGCCUGUCCGAACACUUUCCACAUUAGAGGACGACGAGGCAGACCCAUUCUUGGAUCAGGUUUUAUUCACACCCCACUUCUCCACCACUCACGCACCCGUAUUUUCACCUGAAGGCACCUUAACGGUGGAGUUGUCGAUGCAAACAGUGGAAGUUGAUGAGGAGUUUGAUUUGACUCGUUCACAUCACAGUACGGUGGCCGCUACCACCCUCAGGACUCAGGAGGACCCGGUCAUUGACAACGCCGCACGAGAACCGGUGUUUGAAGACGUACAUCCAACCGACUUUGAUGCCAUCACUCCACAGUGGCCUCAUGAGGAGGAGCUCCCCGAAGAACCAAAUUUACCCCUUCCGGAAAUCCACCACAGAGAGGUGGAGGUGAUCGAGGAGCAACUGGGCUUUUCUGAAGCAACAAUGACGACAACGCCUGGGAGCCCUGAAGAUGACAUGGUUGUGGAUGAAAUCUUUGCCGUUACCACGGCUGCUUCCGUUCCUGCCAGUACUUCCUCUUCUCUCGGUUCUGACCCCUUUGCCCUCUCUCCUGAGAAAGACUCGCCUUUUACCCGAGUGUCAGAUUCCGCCCCUGAAGAUGAGGACUCGCUUCACCCGGAGAACCAAAACCACGAUCAUGGUCCGUCCAGCACACUGUCUUCUCAAGUCAGCGAAACAAGAACUUCCUCGUCAGAGAAAGAUUCCAGCACUAAAUUAGAAGUUUUGAAAAAAGAAGAAAGUACAGAACCUACCAAAACCGAGCCCAUGAAAAGUAACUUCUCAGAUAUGUCGGGUGUGGAUGUCAGCCUCGACGUCUUCCAGUACGGAGGAAUAGUGACAGAAGGCGACAGCAGCGGGUACUCCAGCGGGGCGCAGGGCCCGGAAUCGGAAGCAAUAGCAUUGCCAACCAGGCCGGUCCAAGCCCUCACGGUGUUUUUCAGACUCCGAGUAACCAACAUGGCGUUCUCCACGGACCUCUUCAACAAGAGCUCCCCUGAAUACAAAUCACUGGAGCAACGCUUUCUCCAACUGCUGGUGCCGCACCUGCAGUCCAACCUGAACAACUUCCAGAACCUGGAGAUCCUCAACUUCAGAAACGGCAGUAUCGUGGUCAACAGCCGCAUGAGGUUUGACAAACCGGUUUCCAAAGGUGUUGCCAACGUCGUCUUCCUCAUCCUUGAGGACUUUGCCAACACGGCCUAUCAGACGAUGAACCUCGCCAUUGACAAGUACUCCUUGGAUGUGGAAUCUGGCGACAGAGCAGACCCGUGUAAGUUCCAGGCGUGUAACGCCUUCUCGCAGUGUAUGGUCAAUGGCUGGUCCGGCGAGGCCGAGUGCGUGUGUGACGCCGGGUACCUGAGCGUGGACGGUCUACCGUGUCAGAGCGUAUGUGACGUCCAACGAGACUUCUGCCUCAACGACGGCAAAUGUGAUGUCAUCCCCGGCAAGGGCGCCAUUUGCAGAUGUCGUGUAGGUGAGAACUGGUGGUAUCGUGGCGAGCACUGCGAAGAGUACGUCUCCGAGCCGCUGGUGGUCGGCAUCGCUAUCAUCUCCGUGGCGGGAUUCCUGGUGGUGGCGGCCGGAAUCAUCUUCUUCCUGGCUAGGACUCUUCGAGAGCAGUAUGACGGCGAGGACACGGAGGAUCCUCUGAGACGAGGUGACAGCAUGGCCACGCUGGAACGCGCAACCAAAUUCAACCCCAUGUUUGAGAGCGACCCGGUCACCACCCAGUAUUACCGCCGCUACGACCACGACCUCCCCCAGUACAGCAGCCCCACCGCUUCCUCUCGGGAGCUCAGCAGCGACGAGGUCCAACACCUCCAUCAGAACACGGCGCUCACCAAAGAAGAGAUCCAGGAGCGUCUGAGGAUCAUCGAGCUUUGCAGCAGAGAUCAACAUUUUGCUGACUUUGUGCGACAGACGCAAGUAUUCUUGGAACGGCGAGGCAGCUCCACCACGUAACCCCCAUCCAACCUCAGAGAGUUCCUGAUUGGACAGGAAGACACGCUGCUCACCUUUCUGACCUUUUCUUCAUCGUUCUGCUUUUGAUGGCCACACUUAACAUCACAUUUGAAAAAGGAACGUUCCAUUGUGGUUUUUCCUUUGGUCCACACGCAAACAUAUCGUACCCAGGAAGGGGUGUUGGGUGAUCAACGCUGCUAACAGAUCAUGAGGAGAAGAGAGGGCAGAUGUUAGUAGCAUUUGUAAAGUAGCAGUUAGGUUAGAUGUUUUAGAACUGGAAGAUGUUUUAUUGCGUGCCUCAGUUUUCAGGGGCUCCACAGGUGACAAAGGCUUUGUCCACAUCAAUAUGGAUCUUUGUGUCUUUUCACAAAAUUAUCCUUUCGCCCUGAAAAGAAAGGGAGCUUCUCGUAGGUUUCAUUCAGCAAGCGAGAAGCCACAUGAUUUGAUGUUUGAAAGCUUUUUUUAAACAUCAGCACAAGAACUUCCAGGUCCUGUUUUAUUUACUACGUCAGGAAAACAGUGAAAGAACCUUGCUUGUGUUCUGAUUGGCCAAAAUGUACAUUUUGCAUGUCCAGUCAUGAAAAGAUAGAAAAACCCAUAUUUGUGUGGACGUAGCCAAAGUAACUCAAAGCAUCAUUUUCAAUACAAAUUCUUGGUUUGACCUUCAUCAUAUGAUGACCUUCACUUCCUGCUUCUUUGUGGCAAUUCCUGCUCUCACUUUAGUUAUCAGGAAGUGAAGUCAGUCAUUUGACUGGACUCAAUGAAUGUGUGUGUGUGUAUGGAAGCGUAUACUGUAUAUAUACUACGCACACACAUGCAGUAUGUACAGUAUAAUACUGUAUAUUAGGGAUGCUCCAAUCAAUAUUGGUUGUUUUCUGUGGAACAGCACAUGAUUUGCAUCUGUGGCUGGUACUCCAUGCAUGAGUGGACUGUGGACGUCCCCCGCCCACUUUACUUCUCAUUCAUUCAUUCAUUUUCUACCGCUUAUCCUCACAAGGGUCGCAGGGGGUGCUGGAGCCUAUCCCAGCUGUCUUCAGGCGAGAGGCGGGCGGGGUAUACCCUGGACUGGUGGCCAGCCAAUCACAGGGCACAUAUAGACAAACAACCAUUCACACUCACAUUCAUACCUAUGGACAAUUUGGAGUCGCCAAUUAACCUAGCAUGUUUUUGGAAUGUGGGAGGAAACCCACACAUGCAAACUCCACAUAGGGUGGAAUUGAACUCAGGUCUCCUAGCUGUGAGGCCUGUGUCUUAACCACUCUUCCACCGUGCAGCCAGUUUCCUUCUCACUAUCCUUAAAAGUUAAAGGACACUUGUUGCAAAGUGUGGGUUUCCCCACUGACACGUGACAACACACACACACGACAAUGUGACAGAGACACGCUGACUCAGCAUAAAUACUGUCUCUUUCUGCUCUGCACUCUAGCAGCCUCUAGUGUACAAAAGGGGUACUGACUUAAUUGUCGCUUCACAGGGGUCACCUAAGGACAGCACUCCACUCACAAAGGUUACUAGCAAUCAUCAUUCAGUACUGUAUUUUUUACUGCAAUCAAACCUUUGAUCAUACAUGAUCACAUGCUAGCACACUAAAGAUGAUAAGGACUCCAAAUCGGCAACAGAACCCUGUUGGGGGUCCGAUCGAGUGCAGGAGGAACUUUGCUUGUGUGCGGGGCUGCGACUCCGGAUGAUGUGUGGCACAUGUGACGAGCGAGCGUUUGCGUUGCGCUAGAAACGUUAUACACACUGAUAUCACUCUGAUAUUUUAUGUGUGAUCCUUAUUGAUAUCAGUAUCGGCCCAUUUCACUCAUGGAUGAUCGGAACAUCCCUAGUACAGUAUACACUGUACAUACCCCUUUAUCGUUAACUCUAUGGAAUGUUGUUGUGGGUUUUGUAUUUUUCCUAAUAAAAAGUGUCAACAUG